AUGCUCGCCAGCAUGCUGCCUCCUCCGCUCAACUCCCUCCGAUUCACGAAGAUCGAUUUCGGCAAAGUGCCGAUCCAUUUCGUCAACAUCGAUGUUCACAAGACAGAUGCCGGAGGCAUCAAGUUAGUCAUGGACCUUGACUGGGAUGGGGUGUGUGAUAUUGAGCUGAAUGCUGAGAAGCUUCCGAAAAUUGGAGUGCAACAUGUCAAACUGAAUGGCAAACUCUCCAUCCUCCUUUGCCCUUUGACCAAUGUCAUUCCUCUGAUCGGGGCCGCCCAAGUCGCUUUCAUCAGCCCGCCACGACUUCAUCUAGAUUUUACUGACGCAGGUGGCAUUGGGAACAUCGGGCUCGUGGAUCGUGCUGUGCGCAAAAUAGCGCUCAGCAUAAUCUCCUCCAUGGCCGUGCUGCCGAAACGGUUCCUUGUCAAGCUCGAUUCCAAUAACGACUACUUCAAAACAUACCAACACCCGCUUGGUGUCCUGCGCCUGACCAUCGAGAGUGGCCAAAAUUUCGGCGAAGAGAAAAAGACGCGGAAUAUACUCAAGAAACUGGUGCACGACGUUCCUGACUGCUUCGUCAAAGUUAUCGUCUCGCCACAGGACCAGUGGCAAACGUCAACGAUUAAAAACGACCGCCACCCUGAGUGGAACGAGACUCACGAUUUCCUGGUCAGCGAUAUCGAACAGGUCAUUGAACUCGAUGUCAAGGAUGACGACACCGUCUCGGAUGACAACCUUGGAGUUGGAUCUACGACCGUAAAACAGCUCCUCCUUGACGGUGGCAAGCAGGAGAUAAAUCUGAACCACGAAGACCAGCCUACAGAUGCCAAGGUUACGCUUAGUGGACAGUUUUUCCGCUUCGUACCUGAUGCAACUAGCUUUUCUGAACAGGGAUCCGGCAUAUGCGGACUCUUGACAGUCCUGGUGGCCUCAGCAUUUGGUAUCAAAGGGAGAAGGCAAGAACUGAAGCCGAGCGUGAAAGUUUCUUGGGGGGAACAGGUUUUCCGCACCGCGAUUAAGAGCGAUGCCCCUGGCUCCGACAUUGAAAAUCCUUCCUUUGACCAGGCUUUCAAUGUUGAGAUCAAGGCAGGAAUGGUUCCCGGCCCUCCGGUGAGAAUCGCCCUGAUGGACAAGGAGGAAGAAAUAGGUGCGGUUGAAGUGGGCCUUGGUGAUGUGCUUGCGGCGUCAGAUUUGGCCCUCCAGCAAGAUUUUGAUAUUGCCCAGGGGACAACAGUGAGAGCUGGAAUUUGGCUGAGAGGAAUUAGACAGGCCUAA